AAGAGUUGAAAAACGAUAGGUUAAGGCGCGAAAUAGACCGUCUGCAGUUAGCGGUCUGCAGUACAUCAAAGUUUGGGGAAAAAUUUUGUUUCGUUGCCAUGAAAGUUAUUUUUAGUUUGUGUUUGUUCUGAUUAAAAGGUAGCUCUCCAGUACUACUGCUGCUAUCCGCUAUUAGGUGCUAAAAUGUCCCCGAUCCAGAAACCUAUACGAUAUGCCCACUCAGAAGGACACACAGACGUAGCAUAUUCUGACACUGGCAAAUACAUUAUUACUUGUGGGCAUGAUGGAGAAGUACGGAUUUGGGCUGGAAUUGAGGACGAUGAUAACCAUACCCUUUGUGUGGCCGAAGAGAAAGCAAAUGCUGUUGUACAACAUGGUGAUCGAAUGUUUGUCAGUACCGAUGACAACUGGGUUCAAGCUUACACAUUUCCUGAAUAUAAGCGAGAUGGGGUGAUAACACGCUUCACUGCCCCAGUUACUGAUAUUGCUGUCAGUGCAAGUGGUAAAUUUCUAGCUGCUGGAUCAUGUGACACAGAAAUUCACAUAUCAGAUUUAAAGAACUCCGAGCCAGAUAUUGUUUUAGUUGGCCAUUCGGCUCCGAUCUUAGGCCUAUCAAUAGAUCCUAAAGAAGAGUACAUGGUCUCAUCAUCUUGUGACGGAACUGUCAAAGUCUGGGAUAUAGAACUGAGAGACUCAGUUCAAAAAUGGGAUUGUGUUCCCAAAGCUAAUGACUUUUUCACUGCACCUCUCCUAGUACGAGCCUCUUGGCAACCAAGCGGGAGACAGUAUUUAGCAGUUCCUCAUGACAAAGAAAUACGAAUUUAUGAGAGAUCAACUUGGUCUGAAGUGGCCUCCCUUUCAUCAACCAGCUGUACUGAUCCGUUCUCUAUCACUUCUUUUUCACCAUGUGGCAAUUACUUAGCAGCAGUCUCCCACAGUAUGAUAUGUGUGUGGGAUGUUAACAAGUUUUCUCCAACCACUAGUUUUACUCAUGAGAGGGGGCAAAAAAUUUGUGGUCUUGAAUGGAACCCCAAGGUGCCUGCAGAAUUAGCUUACUGUGAUGUCAUGGGCCAGUUGGGAACCAUUGAAAGCUUGCUGCCCAAAGUUGGUGUCUCAGAUCCCAAACCAGUUCGUUCUGAAGUUGAAUCAUCUUCAGUGCCUGGAAGUGAUAUAAAUGACAUUAAUGCUUUAAAAGACUUGGAAGGGCUUGGCUUUGAUGAUGAUGAUGAUGAUAAUGAAAAUGCUUUCUCCAUCGAUAAGAUUAAAAGUCAACUCUCUAUGAAUUUAGGUGAUGACAAGGAAAGUGAAGCACCUGAUGACGCUCAUAGUGUUGCCAGUGGAAGCACACGGGUUGGCCUGAAGCUAAAUACUCAACCAACUUUUCAGCCAUCAUCUACUCCCGAUUCCCUGCAACAUCGAUUUAUGGUCUGGAAUAAUGUUGGUAUUAUUCGCUGCAUUAACAACCAUGAAGAAAACUCCAUUGACAUAAGAUUUCAUGACACUGCUGUGCACCAUUCUAUUCAUAUGAACAAUAUCCUUGGUCACUCUAUAGCGUCUAUGAGCACUCAGGCUGUUGCGCUGGCCUGUUCUGCAAACGAUGACACUCAAAGCAAGGUUGUUUGUGUUGUAUUAAAUGCAUGGGAUGGCACACAAGAAUGGAUGACAUCUCUUCCUAAUGGCGAAUCCGCGGUUGCUGUGGCAGUGGGGAAUAGCUGGCUAGCAGUAGCAACAGAUAACUUCAACUUGCGUAUAUUUUGCCUGGCAGGUACUCAGCGCCAGGUUUUAGCCACACCUGGAAAACUUGUUUGUCUUGCAGGCUACAAAGACAAGCUUCUUGUGAUCUUCCAUUGUGGUGUUGGUCUACCCGAUGAACAAAACAUGUGGUACCAGGUGAUGACCAUAUCUCCCGAAGGUGGUGUGUAUUGUGGCCCUACACAACCACUUCCACUGUCACCAGGGGCUACCCUCAAAUGGGCUGGUUUUACCGAUGAAUGUUCUCCUUGCACUUUGGAUUCAGAAGAUGUUCUCCGUUUUCUCCCAGCACGUUCACACUGUUGGAUGCCUAUCUGCGAUACUAAAGAACAUGCAAAAGGGCAGUCCGACCACUUCUUCAUUGUAGGAGUCAGUGAACAAUAUCAAAAUAUACGGGCAGUUUUAUGUAGAGGGGCAUAUUAUCCUCCAACAACUCCUUUGCCUAUAGUAUCAGAAUUGCCCUUCCAACUUCCAUUUUGUGAAAUGGAGACUGAGAAGAGCAAAAUUGAAGAGACUUUGUGGCGUUCACAAUUAAUGCUGACAACCAUGAAAGCUAUCCUAGAUACUAGCACCAAUGAUGAGGAUUUAUUACUUGCUGAGAAAUAUCGUACUGAAGCUGAAAAAAAUAUCAAGGAAUCACUCAUCAAACUAUUUGCUUUGUCUACAAGAGGGGGCCUAGAAAUGAGGGCAGUGGAACUUUGCCACCUCAUGCCAUCUGCCCAAGUUGCUGAAUUAGCUGCAAAAUAUGCUAUGAAAGUGGGAAAGUCUCUAUUAGCUGAGAGAGUAUCGACAAUAGUGUCAAACAAACGUGAUCGUGAAGAAUCAAAGGUGUUUUCAGUUCGAUCACGAUCGCCAGACCUCUUUGCCUCUCAAUCACAAUCCCAAGGAAUGAGGGCAUCAGGAGAUGAUUUGAACAAUGGAAAUUAUGAUGAUACAGCUAAUGGAUUUGGAGCAGAUAAAGAAAAUGAAUUGGAGAGGGAAAAUCUUUUGCUCGCUGCUAAAAGAAAACGUGCAGCUCUAGAGGCUGAUACUGUUGAAAUCAAGCCUGCUGUUUUGCUUCAGUCACAGAAAAGACUAAAUCCAUUCAAAAAGGCACCAGUAAUGUCAAAUGAAGCAAAGGGGCUUGAUCGUCUUAGUUCUCCAUAUAGCAGCCCUCAAGAAAUGAAGAAGAAAAGUUCUGGUACCAUUAGUAAAGGAAACACUGGAGCUCCUAAAGUUUCCAAGCCACAGUCCAAGCAAAUGACUUUGUUUGGGACAAGAGUUACAUCAAAUUCAAGUGAUGCUAAGAAGUGUGACAGUGAUCCUAAAAAGAAACCUAUACCUUUCGUGGCAUGGUUCAACAAAAUAAAGUCAGAACUUCAAGAGGAGUUCCCAGAUGUUGACCCAGCAGAAAUUACCAAAAUUGGCAUGAAACGAUAUAAGGAAUACAAAGAGGGUUUGAAAGAAGCUGAAUCUCCAGAAGAAGAAAUUAGUGCUCCAGAAACUAAGAAGCUAAAAAGGGAAAGUGAUGUUACAACCCCCCUCCCUAGUGAUGAACCAAUGACAACAGAUUGUGACGAUGAUGAAAGUGCCGCACUGUUAGCUGCUGCUUCAGAGGAAAUGGACACAUACCAAGAGUCGGAGAGUUGUAUAAACGAAAAACCUCCAUCCCCAGAAAAAAAGAAAAGUGGAAUUGGAAAACUAAAAGCCUUUACCUUUGCCAGUAAGUCAUGACUGGCUUUAUUACUAAUUCUUGUUAAUCAGUUCAGAUUUGGUGUUGUUGUCCAGUGAUAAGUUUUUGUUUAAUCCUGUAUAUACCUGUACCGCAUAAUAGGAACUUGUGUGUAUGUGUUCUUAAAAUCAUUUUUAGCUGGCGUGGACUUUUACUUUUUUUUAUCUAUCAUUUUGUUGACAACCAGGUGUCAAUGAAGGCUAGUGGAGAAGUCAAAUUUAAUGUUCAAAUUUGUAUAAAAAUAUUUUUAAAAUUUUAGUUUUAUUUAACAUUAUUCAUUUUCAAUUGUGUUAUCACUUUCAGCUGAGGUGGAAAUACAUUAUAACAAUAAUGA